UCCUGGGAAGUCCUGUUGGCUGAGGAUGGGAGAUUGUGGACACCUGUUCCUGCCCUGGAAAAGCCUUGUGGCCGUGUCUCUCAGGCUGCUAUUCCUUGUACCCACAGGAGUGCCGGUGCGCAGCGGAGAUGCCACCUUCCCCAAAGCUAUGGACAACGUGACGGUCCGGCAAGGGGAGAGCGCCACCCUCAGGUGUACCAUAGAUGAUCGUGUCACCCGGGUGGCCUGGCUAAACCGGAGUACAAUUCUCUAUGCUGGCAAUGACAAGUGGUCCAUAGACCCUCGUGUGAUCAUCCUGGUCAACACACCAACUCAGUAUAGCAUCAUGAUCCAAAAUGUGGAUGUGUACGAUGAAGGUCCAUAUACCUGUUCAGUGCAGACAGAUAAUCAUCCCAAAACUUCCAGAGUCCACCUAAUAGUGCAAGUUCCUCCACAGAUCAUGAAUAUCUCCUCAGACAUCACCGUGAAUGAAGGAAGCAGUGUCACUCUAUUGUGUCUUGCUAUUGGCAGACCUGAACCAACUGUGACAUGGAGACAUCUAUCAGUCAAGGCAGGCCAGGGCUUUGUAAGUGAGGAUGAGUACCUGGAGAUCACUGACAUCAAACGAGACCAGUCUGGGGAAUACGAGUGCAGUGCCUUGAACGACGUUGCUGCACCAGAUGUGCGGAAAGUAAAAAUCACUGUAAACUAUGCCCCCUAUAUUGCCAAAGCCAAAAAUACUGGUGUCUCAGUUGGUCAGAAAGGCAUCUUGAGCUGUGAGGUUUCUGCAGUACCGAUGGCUGAAUUCCAGUGGUUCAAGGAAGAUACCAGGUUAGCCACUGGCUUGGAUGGAGUGAGGAUUGAUAACAAAGGCCGCAUAUCCACUCUGACUUUCUUCAAUGUUUCAGAAAAGGAUUAUGGGAACUACACAUGUGUAGCCACAAAUAAGCUUGGGAACACCAAUGCCAGCAUCUCAUUGUAUGGGCCCGGAGCAGUGAUUGAUGGUGUAAACUCUGCCUCUAGAGCACUGGCUUGUCUCUGGCUGGCAGGCACCCUCUUUGCCCACUUCUUCAUCAAGUUUUGAUAAGAAACCAUUGGUCAUCUGAACAACACCUGCUUCUCCAAACCACAGACUUUAUACUGUGGAAGGCAAACUAGUUUGAGCUUUUUUUAAUUAUUUCUGUUCUUGUUUUGUUUUAGUUUGUUUAUUUGACAUUUUUCCAGCUUGAAUGAAUUGGGUUGAGGGAGGGGUGGGCAGGGUUCUGUGUGUGUAGGAUAAUAAUUCAUUGGUGUGUUAAAAAAAUGGAAUCUGCUCCUGCUACCUUGGCCCUUCCCUGCUUCUUUCCCCAUCACUACUCCCAUCAAUCCCAUCCACA